UGGGGUGGGGGGAGGACGCUGGGUUGGUGAGUUUUGGAGUUGGUUGUUCUGUGUUCGGUGAGGGGUCACCCAGAGACCCUUGACCCAAGGUCACUCAGUCGCCUUUCUCCUCCUGUCUACUUGUUGGACCCGGUGCUAUUUCCUUAUCCAUACCUAGGUGACACAAAAUGCCCUUCAAUGGUGAGAAGCAGUGUGUGGGAGAGGACCAGACAAGUGAUUCAGACUCUUCACGGUUUUCCGAAAGCAUGGCCUCUCUCAGUGACUACGAGUGCUCCAGGCAGAGCUUCACAAGCAACUCCUCCAGCAAAUCCAGCUCUCCUGCUUCAACAAGCCCUCCCAGGAUUGUAACAUUUGAUGAAGUGAUGGCUACAGCAAAGAACUUAUCAGACAUGACUCUUGCCCAUGAAAUUGCUGUAAAUGAGAACUUCCAGUUGAAACAAGAUGGCCUCCCAGACAACAGUUUGGCUGGUCACGUGAAGAAUAUUGUUCACCAGGCCUUCUGGGACGUCUUAGAAUCGGAGCUAAAUGCUGAUCCUCCUGAGUAUGAACAUGCCAUCAAACUGUUUGAAGAAAUCAGAGAGAUUCUUCUCUCUUUUUUGACUCCCUGUGGCAACCGGCUUCGCAACCAGAUCUGUGAAGUUUUAGACAUAGACCUCAUCAGGCAGCAGUCUGAGCACAGUGCUGUUGACAUCCAAGGCCUGGCCAACUAUGUCAUCAGUACAAUGGGGAAGCUGUGUGCUCCGGUGAGAGAUAAUGAUAUCAGAGAGUUAAAGGCUACUGGCAGCAUCGUGGAGAUGCUGAGACAAAUAUUCCAUGUUCUGGACCUCAUGAAAAUAGACAUGGCCAAUUUUACAAUUAGGAGUAUUAGACCAUACCUUCAACGCCACUUGGUGGAAUAUGAGAGAACCAAGUUCCAGGAAAUUUUAGAAGAAACUCCAAGUGCUCUUGAUCAAACUACAGAAUGGAUAAGAGAAUCUGUAAAUGAAGAAUUACUUCCUCUCUCUGAGACUGCUUUACCUCCUGGGGCUGAAAAUAGCUCCAAGCCAAGCCUGAGCCCUACAUUGUUGCUAAAUAACAGUUUUUUGAAACUAUUACAGUGGGACUAUCAGAAAAAAGAAUUACCAGAGACACUCAUAACAGAUGGAACACGUCUUCAGGAACUGACAGAAAAACUGAAUCAAUUGAAAAUUAUUGCCUGCCUGUCCCUAAUUACCAACAACAUGGUGGGUGCUGUUACAGAAGGUCUGCCUGAGCUUACAAACAGGUUAAAAAGGAUUUCAGCUGUUCUACUUGAAGGCGUGAACAAAGAGACCUUUAACUUGAAGGAGGUCCUGAAUUCCAUUGGUGUUCAGACUUGUGCUGAGGUUAACAAGACCCUGAUGGAAAGAGGUUUACCCACUUUAAAUGCUGAGAUUCAAGCUAAUCUUAUAGGUCAAUUUUCAAGUAUUGAAGAGGAAGACAAUCCUAUCUGGUCCUUGAUUGAUAAACGAAUUCAGCUAUACAUGAAAAGCCUGCUUUGUCUUCCAAGCCCUCAAAAAUGUAUGCCUCCCGUGCCAGGAGGCCUUGCUGUCAUCCAGCAGGAGUUAGAAGCCCUAGGUUCUCAAUAUGCAAACAUUGUGAAUCUCAACAAACAAGUGUAUGGACCAUUUUAUGCAAAUAUACUUCGAAAGCUGCUCUUCAGGGAGGAAGUUGUGGGGAAAGUAGAUGCUUCGCCUCCUCCUAACUAAAGAGGAGCUGACAUGGGAUAAGAGAUUGGAAAUCCAACAUUUUGGUGUCCAGUCCAUUUCUACUGAUGGCAUUAUAGAGGCGGCACAUUUCUCAGUACUGUCCGUGGUGCAGUGUUAGCCCGAGUCUGUGUAAUCUGGUAAUAUUAGCAUUACAGAAGACACAUUGCAUAGACUAGAACUAGACCCUAUUUGUGCAUCAUUUUCAAGUUUAAAAUUGAUGUUUGUAAUGAACAGAAAGCAAUUUGUAAUUACUUAUAUUACGUAUAUAAUACUUGUAAUAAAUGUUUUCUUACGCAUUUAUAUUUGGCUUAUUCGUUCAAGCCAUAAGGAGUUGUUGUUUUUCUUGUCAUUAUCAAAUCUAAUGAUUUUUAAUUUUAGUACAACUUCUUAAAGGGUUGAAAAUUGCAAGAAUAACCAAGGGAAUUGUUGUUCUGAGUAAAUGAAGUGAAAUAAACAUAAUUCUGUU